UGCACAUAGGAGAGAAACACAACAAGAACAUCUCCAUAUGUACUGGGGGAAUCUCACCAUAGUCUCAUUAUGUAUCUGCUAGAAAAUGUUCUGACCAAUAAUUCUAGAGCAAGGAUGACGACUGUGGAACACAUUUUGGUCUUUCUGCUGAUUUUGAUCCCUUCAUGUUACAACAUGCAGACAGCACCUCGUAUCAUCACAUUAUUAGAGACAGUGGAUGUUCUACUGGAUCACAAUGCCACCUUCAUCUGUGAGGUGGAGUCACGCCCCCCUGCUGAGAUCACCUGGACCAAAAAUAAUCACCAAAUUAUGUACUAUGACACACGGUACCUUACCAAGGAAAAGGGUCAGAUGUUAAUCAUCCCACAUGUAAGAGAGUCAGACAAUGGGGAGUACUGUUGCCUUGCCAGUAAUGGCAUUGGAGAACCUGCCAAGAGCUGUGGAGCGCUUCAGCUAAAGAUGAAGCCACAGAUCAAAAGGCAUCCAACCAAUCUAACACUACUGGUAGAAUCCAAAGCAGUGUUGCCCUGUGUUACCCUUGGCAACCCUAAACCAGAUGUCACGUGGCUCAAAGAUGAUGAGCUUAUCAAGGUCAAUGACCGUGUUACUAUUCUCGACUAUGGGGCAUUGAAAAUUCAUAACAUACAGAAAGAGGAUGCAGGACAGUACCGCUGUGUGGCCAGGAAUAGCUUUGGUUUGGCCUUUUCAAAGCCUGUCAUCAUAGAAGUACAAGCUCCAGCACGAAUCUUGCGGGUUCCAAAGGACAAGAGGGUGGCAUAUGGCAGCCAGAUUUCCCUAGAAUGUAAUGCCACUGGAAAUCCAGUCCCAACCAUUACCUGGCUGGAAAACGGGAAUACUAUCUCCGGAGCCUCAGUAGAGGAGACAUUAGUGGGAGAGGUGAUACUCUCUGUUCUUAAGGUGACGGUGACUAAACCAGCCCUAUAUACGUGCCUGGCUUCCAACAGACACAAUGCUGGAGCCAACACUGUCAAAGCAACUGCAAAAGUCACUGUUGCAGAGUGGAGACUUUAUAAGGGGAUCGCAGGCUACUGCAGUGCAUAUCGUGGAGAUGUUUGCCGCACAAUAUUGCACGACGAUUUGCUGGUUUUCUUUAACUCGUCCUUCUCAAACCCUGAGGACACGCAGGAGUACUUUCUUCAGAGCUGGUGGGCAGAGGUAGAAGGGCUCAGUGGGGUGUGCAGUCCUGCAUUACGCUCAUUGCUCUGCCACGCUUCCUUUCCUGACUGCAACCCAUCAGGGCUAGGACCUGCACCAAAACCUGUCUGCAGAGAACACUGCCUGGCAGUGAAGGAGCUGUACUGCCAUAAGGAGUGGCUGAUACUAGAAGGCAGCAGUUCAGUCCAGUCUGGACUCUUCAGCUCUCUCACCGGGUCCCAGGCUCCCGUUUCACUGCUGCCAAAAUGUCAGACCUUACCAAGUCUUCACACAGACCCUGAUGGUUGUACAUAUGUUCCUUUUGCGGACAUCAAGAAAGAUCUAAUUACAAGAACGUGUUACAAUGACCGAGGUUAUUUCUACCAGGGUAGUGUGAAUGUAACCAGGUCUGGGAUACCAUGUCAACCAUGGAACCAACAGGUUCCCCACCAGCACCAUUUGUCAGUGGAUGUCAUUCCAGAGUUGAAGAAUUCAGGCAAUCACUGCAGGAACCCAGGAGGAAUCAGUGACAAGCCCUGGUGUUAUACCUUAAAUCCAAACAUACGCUGGGAGUACUGUGCUGUUCCACAGUGUGGGGAAACAAGCAUAGCAUCAGUAGUGAAGCCAGAGUCUAGAGACCCUCACCAGACCCCUCGUUUCCCUCCAGUGACAACAACAUCAUCUCCAGCUUAUUCAAUGUCUGUCAUUGUCGUUAUCCUGACUGCUCUUGCAACUGCAGUCUUUCUUGCCGUUAUCAUUCUUGGCUGCCGCAGAUGGAAGAAGCAACUGAGGAAUCGGAAGAGAGGAGUAAUAGAGACCCCGAUGUUGAACGCCCUUCCAUCAGAGCUAUUGCUCGAUCGACUCCACCCUAACCCCAUGUACCAGCGUGUUCCCCUGCUGCUGAACUCAAAACUGUUGGCCCUUGAGUAUCCCCGAAAUAAUAUUCAAUACGUCCGAGAUAUUGGGGAAGGAGCCUUUGGACGAGUUUUCCAAGCCAGAGCUCCAGGCCUGCUACCCAUGGAGUCUUUCACAAUGGUCGCUGUGAAGAUGUUGAAGGAGGAAGCUUCAGCUGACAUGCAGAAUGACUUCCAGAGAGAGGCAGCACUCAUGGCCGCAUUUGACCAUCCAAACAUAGUUCGACUCUUAGGUGUGUGCGCAGUGGGUAAACCAAUGUGUCUGAUGUUUGAGUAUAUGGCCCAUGGUGACCUCAACGAGUUCCUGCGUCGCAGAUCUCCAACCCAGUCAGUGCGCACCCUCAGCCGUGCUAGCUUGUCGGGUCGCAGUUUCUCCUCUGAGCUGGAGGCCGGGCCUCUCUCUUGUACAGAGCAGUUAUUGAUUUCCAAGCAGAUUGCUGCAGGAAUGGCAUACCUGUCUGAGCGCAAGUUUGUCCAUCGUGACCUGGCGACACGGAACUGCCUGGUUGGAGAGGAAAUGGUGGUAAAGAUUGCAGACUUUGGCCUCUCCAGAAACAUCUACUCAGCUGAUUACUACAAAGCCAAUGAAAAUGAUGCCAUCCCCAUUCGCUGGAUGCCUCCAGAGUCUAUAUUCUACAAUCGCUAUACUACAGAGUCAGAUGUGUGGGCCUAUGGUGUGGUGUUAUGGGAGAUCUUCUCCCAUGGGAUGCAGCCAUAUUAUGGUAUGGGUCAUGAGGAAGUUAUUUACUAUGUGAGGGACGGUCACAUCCUUUCCUGUCCUGAGAACUGUCCUUUGGAGCUCUAUAAUCUGAUGAGGCUCUGUUGGAGUACACACCCAUCAGACAGGCCCAGCUUCAGUAGCAUACAUCGGAUACUAGAACGUAUGCAUCAAAACAGACUAAGCAUGAAUGCUGACACUGAAGCUGAUGCUGACUGUUAACUUCUUUUCCCUGUACAAAAGGCAUUGAUUUGCUGUUUUAAUGAUUUAAUGAAUAUUUACAUUAGGCCCAAGCACUCAGUGCUGGGGAAAAAUUAUUUGUCUCCUUCACGAUUUCUUAUUUUAUUUUAUUUACUUUAUUUUAUUUCACUUUUGCAUAUUUGUUAUACUUGCAUAUUUCACUUGAUCAACCAAAUUUUAAUUUUAGAUAGAAAUAGCCAAAGCAUGCAGUUUUUAAAUGAAGCUUUAAUUUAUUAAGCAAAAAAUACUAUCCAAACCUACCUGGCCCUAUGUAAAAAAGUAAUUGCCCCCUAAACCUAAUAACUGGUUGCACCACCUUUGGCUGCAAGAACUUGUAUGAUGCUGUGGAGGAAUUUUUUUGCCCACUUUUCUUUGCAGAACCUAUUUUAAUUUAUUGGAAGGUUUUCUAGCAUGAGCAGUCUAAGGCAAUGCUAUACCAGUCCAAAACCUUCGUUCUAUGUGCUCUCGGUGGGCUGGCCACUCCUGGUAAGUGUCAGGACAAGUUUCUUUAUUUGUGGAUAAUGGCUUUUACUGUGAUUUGCUGGAGUCCCAAAGCCUUAGAAAUCCCUUUGUAACUCUUUUCAGAUUUAUAGAUGAAUGUCUAUACAGUGAAUUUGUUCUCAUUCAUUCUUGGGUUUCUUGAGAUCAUGGUAUGAUUUAUUGCAUUUUAAGGACUUAUAGCCUAUUUCAUUGAGUCAAACAGGUUCUAGUUAAGUUUUUUUUAUUUAACAUGUCUGGUGUGAUCCAGCCUGGGUGGGGGCUGUGAAAUUAAAGUCAGCUUUGAAAAAAAAAUAUGAUUAGUUCUUCACCCCCCCCCCCCCAUAGAGAGGGAGUGUUAUGGCCCAGUGGGGGCCAGACCACAACAUAAAGGCGACCCAUCCUCAUCAGACUUAAAGCAGCCACAUCACACAGUUGGUACAAUUUUACAAUGAUUUUUUUUAUUUUAUUUUAUUUUUUUAUAAUAUGUUAUUUCUUUAGGAUGGAACACUAAUAAGGAGCUGGGUGUAACUUCAGGGUGGAAUUUAUAUCAAAACAACAAACAAAAAGAAAUGAUCUGAAAUAUUUAUCAAACUUAACUAAUCAAAAAAUAAAUAACCAAAUUGCAAUAACUGACCUCCGUGCAUAAGAUAAGGAGAGAAAAGUAAAACAAAAAUGCAGUCCACAGCAGCACUGUACUUUGCAUGCUCAGAUGGUUAAGUAAUUGCAGUCAUUUUCUUUUUGUAGCUUGUCUGUUCAGGAGACUGAACAUGGCCAUAUUGUAGUCAUUUGUAUGUUGCUAAUUCAGAAUUCAGGAUUUCAGUUUCUGACUGUUUACCGGGAGCUGCCCAUCUGACAGGUUCACUUUAAUUUUGAAAAAUGUUAAACCUGAAUCAGUGAACUCACCCCAAAUACUUGGAAAAUACUUGGAAACUAACCAUACAGAUAUACCAUUGGUCAUUUUUAGCAGUAGUUGCUCUUGUACCUCAUUCAUCUGUUUUUUUCUUUUUCUCAUUGAGAGUUUUUUUGUCAAUGUUGAUGAAAAUUUAGCAAAUGCUCUGGAUAGGCUCAGUGUGACCCUGAAGUUCACUGGGCAGAAAGAGAGAAUGUACACUUAAAAAGUUCUUUAACAGUGUCAUAGAAAGGGAUUGAUGAUAUAUUUAUUAUAAGAUUGUACACAACCUUUCUCUUCAAGUCAGCUUGCUUAUUCCACAGUGGCACACAAUCACUUUAAAUCACUGAUGAUUGUUUUGUAGACAAGUUGGUAUUCCACUACAGGGCAUUCUGUUUUUAUUUGUUUCUUUGUUUUUUUAAUUUUAUAGAUGUGUUUUAGAUUGUUAUUGAUAUUUCUUGAACAUAUGAGCAAAUUACAGUAGGCACAAGUUAAUUAAUUCUUCUCACUUGCAUUUACAUUUCACAUAAAUUUCCUCACUGAAGCACUAAAACUCACAUAUUAUGAAUAGAAUUAUUAAUGGGACUCAUUCUCCUGACUUAAAUAGACUCUUGUAAGUGACAAACUGCCAACAUGUCUUUACAUCCUCAUUCUGAAACUAUAAAUCUAGAAUGGAAGCUUAUUAGGUCAGCUAGGUUAGAGAUCAUACUUAGUGCUCGUACUCUUUAACCUUUUUUCUUUGGUAAAAAUUCCAUUUGGGUUACAUUAAUAGAAUUUAAAAAAAAAACUAAGAUAUUCAUAUCUAAAAAAAAACAUGUUGAUUUUGUCUAUAAAUGCCUGACUUAACUGUCUUCUUUUAAAAUUUGCCAUGUUGUUACUUUUUUUGCUGUAUUUGUUGCAUUAUAUCAAUAAUGUUUUGGGCUUUUUCCCCUUUUGUUUGCCAUACAUAAUUCACAUUAAGUAUAUUUCUUUGUCUUGCUUGCAAAUAAACAGA